UCAACGACCCAGCCAAUAUUUUAUUCAAAGCUCCCUCUUAAGUCUAAACCGCACUUUGCUCUUCCCCCCUUCCCCACGCUCUGGCUCAGGCUCUGCAUCUCUUCACCCUCCGCGGACUCUUCUCGUUCGUCAGAGUUUGAACAGAAAAAGAUUUCUUUUCAAGGUACUUGGCCCGACCCAGAAGCUCUCUUCCCCUCAUAUUUUCCUUCCCGCGUCCCAUUGUUUCUUUGUUUCUGAUCUACAACUCUCUGGCCUCAGGCUUGAUCAGAAGCAGAUGGGAGAUAUGGUUUGUCCCCCGAGGGGCAUUGAUUUGCUGAAGAACGAGCUUCCUGUUGACCAGGAAGCUUUUGUUCUAAACGGUGAUGUUAAAACUGGGCUUGUUAUGGUCGACUUAGUUAACGGCUUCUGCACUGUUGGCGCUGGCAACUUGGCUCCAAGGCAGCCUGACAAGCAGAUUUCGGGAAUGAUUGAGGAAUCAGUAAGGCUUGCUCGAGCUUUCUGCGAUAAGAAAUGGCCUGUGUUUGCUUUCCUCGACACACACCAUCGUGACGUUCCCGAGCCUCCUUACCCGCCUCAUUGCAUCGCUGGUACAGAUGAAGCAAAUCUAGUUCCUGAACUUCAGUGGUUAGAGAAUGAGGCUAACGCUACGCUGAGGCGUAAAGAUUGCAUUGAUGGGUUCAUUGGUAGUGUUGAGAAAGAUGGAUCCAAUAUGUUUGUGGAUUGGGUUGUGAACAAUCAAAUCCAAGCUAUAUUGGUGGUAGGGAUAUGCACAGAUAUCUGCGUGCUGGAUUUCAUUUGUUCAGCAUUAUCUGCCAGGAAUCGUGGUUUGCUUUCCCCUUUGCAAGAUGUGGUUGUUUACUCUCGCGGUUGUGCAACAUUCGACCUUCCUGUUCGUGUUGCUAGAGCUGCUAAAGAUGUUAUAGCUCAUCCGCAGGAGCUGAUGCAUCACAUCGGCCUAUACAUAGCAAAGGGGAGGGGAGCCAAAGUAGUAUCUAAGGUGACAUUUAGUUAACUAGAAGAGCCUGAGGUUUUUAGGAUAAGAGCCUGAGAGUUUCUAUUUCAUGGGCAGAUGGAAUUCAUGUGCUGCCACUGAUGCUCAUAUAUGUGUGUCUUUGAUUUUAGUUACUUCAAUGUUCUUUAUGUUGUUGAUAGUUUAGUGCUGCUUAAAUCGUCUUUUCAUGGAUCGUUGAAUGCGGGGCAAAGGAAAAGUAUCAUGUAAUUACCUGCAAACAUUUGAAAUUAUUAAAUCAUGUUUAUCAGC